UGCUUUAUUCAUCAACAUGCAGCGGAUUGCCGCGUGAACAGUCACACAUAUCUUGAGUGGGAAGUCAAACGGUUUGCGUGACCUAGGCUACACAUAUCGAUGACUUUUAUACAUAAACAUGCGGAUGUGUGUGUGUAUAUAUAUGAACUACUAUUGCCUGCAAAGCAUUAUACACUGGGAAUUUAAAAUCUGACUGCUUCAAAGGUCGUGGCAAAAGGCAUCAAUGCGUGAAGACACCGGGUUGUUUACGUCCGUGAGUUGAAUAUGGGCCUAGAACACGAACAGUCAUGGCGAUUUCUGCUGGCCGGAAUGUCGAAUAUGUGCGGAGCAUCAGUGACCAAUCCGAUUGAUGUCAUCAAAAUCCGGAUGCAGUUAGAGAAUGAGUUGUGCCGACAUAAGGGAUUGGAUGCCAUUAAAAACCGUUACUAUGACGGAUUCAUCAAAGGAGGGGCACGGAUCGUGAGGGACGAAGGAGUGGGAGGCCUUUAUAAAGGUCUUUUGCCGUCAUUGAUGCGGGAAGGUUCCUACAGUACAAUCCGAUUGGGCGCUUAUGAGCCACUGAAGGUCUACUUUGGCGCCACCGACCCCGCCCACACCCCUCUGUGGAAAAAGAUAUGUGCUGGUGCCAUUUCAGGUACUAUAGGCAGCGCUAUAGCCACCCCAACAGACCUGGUUAAAGUUAGGAUGCAGGCUCAGGGGAAGCUCUUUGACGGCGAGAUACCUCGAUACAAAAGCACGUUGUCAGCUUUUAGAGAGAUCGUUCGUAUUCAAGGACUCCGAGGUUUAUACAUAGGAGUAGGACCCACUGUGAAAAGGGCAGCUAUUUUGACCGCCACGCAAAUUCCAAGUUAUGACCAUGCGAAACACACCAUUUUGAAUGCGGAACUUAUGACAGAAGGACCACUUCUUCACGUGAUAUCCUCAAUGGUAGCAGGCUUCAUGACAGCUUUAACUACAUCACCAGUCGACGUAAUCAAAACACGUAUCAUGAACCAAAAAUCGGAAGCUCAUCAUGGGAAAGUUUACAAGAAUGCGUUUGAUUGCUUCUUUAAAAUUGUGAAAUCGGAGGGCCCUCUUGGACUAUACAAAGGUUUUAUCCCUAACUGGAUGCGGAUUGGACCGCACACAAUCAUCACCUUCUUUAUCUUCGAGGAACUCCGGCAUCUUAUAGGAAUGGCCCCGGUGUGAAUUUGACAAAGUGACAAGUUUAUAACAUUUCCAACUGAGUAUGAAGGACUGCUUGGGUUUGUCACAUAUCAUGCAUAUUGCCCUGCGACAUGUGAAAUAAGUAUUUUUAAAAUAAUGCUUACUGAGGAUGUGCAAUAUGUAUCAUACCAUCGAUUGCUUACACUGAAAUUGACGUGCUGACACUACCACUGAUUCAGAUUUGGCGAGAGAAUGUGUGCCGCUAGCAACUGUUCGAGAAACAUUGUCUUACUUGACUGUGUGGUACGCAAAUUUUUAAUAAACUAAUUCAUGAACAAAA